AUGACGGCCUCAUCGUUGGAUGGGGCGUCUCCCACCGGAGGCGGAGACCAGGGAGACGAAGAGGUUCGCUGCGCUGUCGGGACGAAAAUCUACGUCUCUGACCCCGCUGAUGUGUGGAAAACAGCAGAGGUCGUGAAAAUCCAAGAGGAUGGCAGUUUGACUGCGAGAGUGGAUGCAGACAACGAACUCGUACACCUCAGGAAAGGCGACCUGUGGUAUCUCUGCAAUACCGAUGUGUGGAACACCACGGGCCUCAGCGCGCCGACCGACUUGACGAUGCUGACACAUUUGCACGAGGCGGCGGUCCUCGACUCUCUCAACCUCCGUUUCGACAUCGACGAGAUCUACACAUUCACUGGUCCCAUCCUCAUUGCGGUCAAUCCGUUCAAGCAAAUCGCCGGUCUCUAUGACAUGAAACCUCACGUCUUCGCCUCGAGCAGCGCAGCCUACGAGGGUAUGUGCAACGAGAAACAGAGUCAGACGAUUCUCAUUUCCGGGGAGAGUGGAGCCGGAAAGACGGAAAGCACGAAAUUCGUGAUGAAGUUCCUGGCCUGCGCCGGCAGCGACGACUUGGAGCGGCGGUCGCAAGUCGAGGCGCAAGUCCUCGAGAGCAAUCCGCUCUUGGAAGCCUUCGGCAACGCCCGCACCCUUCGAAACGACAACAGCAGUCGCUUCGGGAAAUUCAUCGAACUCCAGUUCCAAACAAACAAAACGAAGCGCGUGUCGGGCAAUCGAGGCAGGCUCUGUGGCGCGCGAAUCCAGACGUAUCUUUUGGAGAAAGUUCGCGUGUGCGACCAGCAGGAGGGAGAGCGGAACUACCACAUCUUUUAUCAACUGUGUGCAGCAGCAGAAGCAGCAGCACAGAAAGGAGGCAUUUACUACUUCCCGUCCCCGAAAUUCCGAAAGGCAGCUGACGCAAAGCCUCAGGAGAUGGACAUGUCUUUGUUCGAGCCGCGCGACAAAUUCAAGUACUUGACGAAGAGCAGUUGCCACGCGCUGCAGGGCGUGGACGACUGCGAAGAAUUUGACAGCACCGUCUUCGCGAUGCAAACGGUUGGUAUCUCGCCUGAGGAGCAAAUGAACAUUUUCUCGGUCGUGGGCGCAGUCUUGUGUCUCGGCAACGUCUCCUUCGAAACCCCCAAAGGGAACAGCGAAGGCUCUCAAGUCGCCCCGAGCUGCGCGGAAUACGUCAGCAAGGCCUGCCGUCUUCUCGGCGUCGAGAGCGACGCGCUGCAGGAAGCGAUGUGCUACCGGACGAUCAAGACGAUGCACGAGAGCUACCGGAAACCGUUGAAGACGGACGAGGCGUGGGAGAUGAAGGACGCGUUGUGUCGCGCGUUGUACGGCUGUUUGUUUCUGCAAGUCGUUGCCCGGACGAACCAGUCGAUUGGGUACUUGACGGAGGUGAAGAGCCCCGAUGACGUCCUUUUGUUUUGCGGCGUGCUCGACAUCUUCGGUUUCGAGUGCUUCGCCUUCAACUCGUUCGAGCAGCUAUGCAUCAACUUCACAAACGAACGUCUCCAGAACUUCUUCAACACCUUUGUGUUCAAGUGCGAAGAGGAGCUCUACCGCGCCGAAGGCAUCCAGUGGAACCCGCUGGACUUCCCAGACAACGCCGACUGCGUCGCGCUGCUGCAAGAUAAGCCUCUAGGCCUCUUCUCCAUGCUCGACGAAGAGUGCAUGGUCCCCGCCGGCAAAGACCGAGGCUUCAACAACAAAGUGUGCCAAAAACACACGGGUCACAAGCGUUUUGGGGUGAUCAAGACAAAGCCGAAUUGCUUUGUGGUUCACCAUUUCGCGGGGAGCGUUGAGUAUUGCUCGGACGGUUUCUUGGAGAAGAACAAGGACCAGUUGUCGCUGGAUCUUCAGGAGGCGAUCAAGGCGUCUUCCAUCGCGUUCGUGUCGCAUCUCUUCACUGCCUUCUUGAACCGCGGAGCGUCGGAGGACGGCGCCUCUGUGGGAAAGAAGCGGAAGUUCGUGACGGUGUCGAGCGAGUUCCGCGAACAACUCGGUUCCCUAAUGGACACGGUCAACAAGACGGCGCCGCACUUCAUUCGCUGCAUUAAGCCGAAUCCACAGAACCUCCCUGACCUGUUUGAUCGCGUGACUGUGAACGAACAGCUGCGCUACGGCGGUGUCCUGCAAGCAGUUCAAGUCAGUCGCGCCGGCUACCCCGUGCGCCUCUCUCACCGGGACUGCUUCUUCGACUAUAAGGCGCUGGCCGACAAGGCCGUUCUCGAGAAGCUUUGCAUGCAGAGCGAGGGGACUGUGUCCUCGGAGACUUGGCGCGAACGCGCGCAGGCGCUGCUUCUCCACCUCGACGCGAAACUCAACCUGGAUAGAAAGAAGAAGGAUGCGCCUUCCCACGACAAAACGUGGGCGGUGGGAAAGUCUCUGUGCUUCUUCAAGAACGAAGCGUACGAGGUGUUGUCGGCGAGUUUGAUGAGCGUUCGGGUCCAAGCGGCGACGGCCAUCCAGGCGCGGUACAAGUGUUUCGUCCAGAGGCGCUUUUUCCUGAUGUAUCGGCAGACGGUUGUUUUCCUCCAGUCCCACGUUCGCAUGUUUCUCUGUAAAUUGGAGGCUUGGCGCCGGAGACAAGACCGCGCAGCGAAGCGCAUCGAGACUUUCUUGCGCGGCGCCGUCGCGCGUCUGCGCUACUUGAGGACUCUGAAGCAAAUCAAGACGAUCCAGGCGGCCUGGCGAGGCAAGCAGACGCGCUCGAAACUGCGCGACUUGCAGCUGCAUGAAGCAGCCGGGAAAAUCCAGGCGACGUGGAAGAUGCACAGACAGCGGGCGUCCUACCGAGAUCUCCGGAAGGCUGCAACUCUGGCGCAACUCAAGUGGAAGCGAAUCCUCGCUCGGCGCAUGCUGCGGCGGCUGCGGGAGGAAGCACGGGAAGUUUCGGGCCUGCUGAAGAAGGCGCAGGAUCUCCAGCGCGAUCUCGGCGAAGAGAGGAGCAAGCGAAGCGAAGUCGAGAGCCACGUUCUCCAGUUGCAAGCGAAAAACGAAGAGCUUCUCAAAGAAAUCCAGAGACUCCACAAAGAACUCGAUCGCGCCAAAGAGGAAGUCGCCUCUCUUCAAGCGUCGAACGAAGAUUUUGCCUCGCAAGUGAAGCAGCUGAAGGAGAGCCUAACGGCAGGUUCUUCAACGCCGUCGACGCCGCAGAUGACACCAGGCACUCAAAAGCGAAGACUCUCAAACCACGCAGACGCUCAACAGUCUCAAGGGGACAGGCUGUCGACUCAGACGGACGAGGAGUUGAAGGCGCUGAGGCAGGAGUUGGAGAAGCGCGAGGCGGAGGCGCAACUGCAGCAGUCGGAGCACGAGACGUUGAUCGCCAAGUUGCAGGCCUCGUUGAAGGAGGCGGAGUCGGCUCUCGAGCAGGAGAAGACGCAGCGCAGCGAGGCAGAAGCGCGCUACAAACUCGUCCUCGAGGACUCGAGCGCCAGCAGCACGCACUUCCGCUUGUCUUCCGCGGGUGCGGCGAAGCAGCAGCCAGGCUCGUCUCUCGCGUCUGGGGAGGCGGGCGGCGUGUCCAGCACCUUGUUGCGCGAGAAGCGGAACAAGGUGCCUGACGGCGACGGAGCUCUGGCGGCGACCAAGACUCUGUCUCCGCUGCCUUCCGUCGCGCUCGCGUCUGAGCACUGGGAGUGCGUGCUGCAUGACCAGCGGUGGAUAGAUCUGCUGCUUCUCGGCCCCGCGGGGGUCGGGAAGACGGGGCUGCUCGAGCAGUUCCUCAUCAAACUCGGCGACGAAGUGCAUCUCGAGCAGCUGCGCGUCAGCCGCAAGAUGGAGGACCAGGCGCCGUUCAGCAAACUGCCUCAGCACUACGAGCUCGUGUACCCGCGCGACUCCGAAGACGCGCCGACCCGCGGGGCGAAGCCGCGCGACGACGAACUGACUCGGGUGAACGUCCUCGACUUCCCGGGUCCUUCACGCACGAAACAGAAUCCGGCGCUGCGCGUGAAACAGGCGUUCGUCGUCGCCGUCGUGUACGACCCCACAAGGCCGGAAACGUGCGACGAGGCUCUGCAAGUCCUCACGAACGUCGUCCUGCCGUGUCGCCCCAAAGUUGCCGCGCAAGACGGCCUCGCCGCAUGCGUCAGCGGCCGCGUUUACCUCGUCGAGAACGGCUGGCGGGUCGCCGCCCGUGAAGGAACCGUCCAAGUCGACACCGCCGCCAUUCGAGACAAAGGCACGUCGACUGCGGGUUUGCGGUGUCAUUACCGCGAGCUCGUCCACUUGGAGUCUCUGGUCGACGAGAUUGUUCCACUGAUGGCCGAGUGGCGGGGAAUGCUGCAGCAGCAACGCCUGGCGAUGCUUCAACACCACGCGCGGCUGCAGCCGGGAUCGGCUGCGGGGCUGUCCCCCUUUGCGCUUCCCCGGCCGCCCGCGCAGGCGUCGCGGGGAGCGUCGCUGUCUUUCUCGAAUGCAGCGCAUGCAGCGGGUUCUGGUUUGCGGGAGAACGGCGCGGAGAAGUCGCCGUCAGUGUCGGGAAGCGCGUCCGGGACGCAUCGCCAGGGGAGUUUGUCGGCGAAUUUAUUUGACAGCAUUCGCUCCUUCCUGUCCCAGUCCUCGAUGCGGCCGGGGCCUGGCAGCGCGCUGGCCUCCGGAGCGAAGCAGUCUGUGGACUCGAAACUCCUCCGGCCGAGCAUGAAGCCCGGUGGGUCGGCGAUGCUCAAAAAACUCAAAAGCCGAAACAUGGACGCACACAGCGUCGUCCCCGUGCAGGAGCUACAGGAUUCGGAUUCGGCCAUUACGUGCGUCGUUUUCGGGAAGGAGAAAGACAACCGCGACUACAUCCUUCUGGCGGCGGCGAGCAAAGACGGCAGCGUGGUGAUCUACAGGUGCUAUAGACUGGAGGCGGAGAGACAAAUGUUUGACCAAGAGCAGGUUUCGCUCCUCGUCGCUCCGGCUUCGAAGCCUCCCGGAGACAACCGAGAACACUUCGGCCCGUCGGUCUCUGUGCACUCGAGGCUGGUGGGGCACAGCCGCGCCGUCACCUGUCUCUUCUUCUCUCUGCUGGAAGACCAGCUUGUCACGACGUCGAUCGACAAGUCUGUUCGAUUUUGGCAUGUGGACACAGGAGACAUGCUGAAAGUCUUCACGGACUCCUCUCCGGCUCUCGCAGCCGCCUUUUUGCCCUUCAAUCCCACAGCCUUCGUCGCUUCGAACUCGAACUCGAUUCUUCGCCUCGUCUGCGCCACCAGCGGCCGCGUGAUUCAAAAACUCAAAGUUGAGAGCGAAGUUCGAGCACUCAAGUUUGACGACACGGGUCUCUUUUGCUUCGCUGGGACGAAGGCGGGAGCCGUGCACGUCCUCGAGGCCAGUGACACCAUCAACAUUCGAUUCAAAUUCAAAACAACUCUCGGGAAGGGCGCAGUCACCUGCAUCACGUUUGUGCCCAGUACUGGUCCUGGGCAGUAUCCGCGUCUCCUCAUAAACUGCUGCGACUCGAGUGUCGCUAUCGUCGAGUGUAUCUACGGUCCGCCUCCGGGGGUUCUCACGAACCUCCUUGUUCGCCACCGCGUGAGGAUUGCGCACAGUCUGCUUCCUCUGCGCUGCUGGUUCUCGAAUUUCGGAGGCGGCUGGCUUAUCACCGGAAGUGAAGACAAGGACGUGUACUGUUUCUCGCUUCAGCAAGGGGCGAACUUCAAGGCCAUUUCGCUCAAACACCACCAAGCGCCGAUUUUGGCUGUCGCCACGAACUUGCAAGACACCCUGUUGGUGUCGGCCGAUUCGAUGGGAAAGUUGGUCUUGUGGAGAAGCCUUGACUUCUCUGGAGCAGCCGAUGCGUCCGCUGGGGCCCGGGGCCGAGCGGUCUGA